GGCCUUGGUUGGUUUCUGAAAAAAGAAAAAAAAAAAUUAUGGCCGGUAAUAAUGCGGUGGAGAGAGAGAGAGAGAAGAGAAGAGAAGAGGAGAAGAAAAGCAAAUUCCGAAAGUGAAGAUAGGUGUUCUUAUCCAAUCCAAUAAACUCUCUCUUUCUCUAGAGUUACGUUUUGAUGAAAAUUGAUAAUUUUGAAAUUUAAUUCUAAUCACAACUCUUUUACUCUCUGCAUUUUGCUUCGUUUACACGCUUUCCCACUUUCACUCCCAUUCUUGUCUCUUCCUUCAAAUGCAUUCCCGCUAGAUCUCUUCUCAUUUUCGCUCGUUUUCAUAGGCAAUGGCGUUGAAGCGUGGAUUUUCUGGUGUCGGCAUCCACAGGAACCGAGGUGGAGCCGGAGGCGGUGGAUCUCGGUUGCCGAUUGCACUUGUCAUUUUCUUCUCUAUUCUUGCGCCGUUGAUUUUUUUUGUUGGCCGGGGACUUCAUACAAAUGCUUCGAUUGAUCAAAAUAGUAUCCCUGUUGGUUCCAAUAAGCAGGACUUGGAUUGGAGAGAACGGCUGGCCUUGCAGCAUGUUAAAUCUCUUCUCUCAAAAGAGGUCAUUGAUGUUAUCAAAGAAAGCACAGCUGAUCUGGGACCUUUAAGCCUUGAUGCGUUCAGAAAAAACAAUUUGUCAGCUUCAUGGAAAGUUGUAGGUGUGGAGACAUUAGUCAAGAAUACCAGCACUUCUGAGCCAAACAAACCAGCUGCAGUUGCCAAGCAAGAGGCACCUAAGAGCAAAGGGGAUGACUUCUCUGAUGAUCAUUCUCAAUCCAGUGACUCACCUGCCAAAUUACUUCGAAGGCAACUGAGAGAGAAAAGGUGGGAAAAGCGUGCCGCGGAGUUGGUACGACAAGACAAUGAAGUGAUUUUGAAGCUGGAAAAUGCAGCCAUCGAACGUUCUAAAUCAGUUGACUCUGCUGUUCUUGGCAAAUACAGUAUAUGGAGGAAAGAAAAUGAGAAUGAGAACUCUGACUCAACAGUACGCAUAAUGCGGGAUCAGAUGAUAAUGGCAAGGGUGUAUAUCAGUAUUGCAAAGAUUAAGAACAACCUUGACUUGCACCAAGAGCUACAGACUCGACUUAAAGAGAGUCAGCGUGCUGUAGGAGAAGCAACAGCUGAUUCUGAUCUGCAUCACAGUGCUCCUGAAAAAAUGAAAGCUAUGGGCCAAGUGCUGUCAAAAGCAAGAGAGCAAUUGUACGAUUGCAAGUUGGUUACGGGAAAGCUUAGAGCAAUGCUUCAAACGGCAGAUGAGCAAGUUAGGAGCUUAAAAAAACAGAGCACAUUCUUGAGUCAGUUAGCUGCCAAAACAGUUCCAAAUGGAAUCCAUUGCUUGUCUAUGCGCCUAACAAUAGAAUAUUAUCUUCUUCCUCCAGAGAAGAGGAAGUUCCCCAGAAGCGAGAAUUUGGAAAAUCCUAAUCUUUACCAUUAUGCUCUUUUCUCUGACAAUGUCUUGGCUGCGUCUGUCGUUGUCAACUCAACCAUCACGAAUGCCAAGGAUCCUGCAAAACAUGUAUUCCAUCUUGUUACUGAUAAGCUUAACUUUGGAGCUAUGAAUAUGUGGUUUCUGCUGAACCCUCCAGGAAAAGCCACAAUCCAUGUUGAAAAUGUUGAUGAAUUCAAGUGGCUCAACUCAUCCUACUGUCCAGUUCUGCGGCAGCUCGAAUCUGCUGCAAUGAAAGAGUAUUAUUUCAAGGCAAAUCAUCCAACCUCUCUUUCAUCUGGUUCUUCAAACCUGAAGUACCGGAACCCAAAGUAUCUUUCAAUGCUGAACCACCUGAGAUUCUAUCUUCCUGAGGUCUAUCCCAAGUUGGAUAAGAUCCUGUUUCUUGAUGAUGACAUUGUUGUUCAGAAAGAUUUAACCGGACUAUGGUCAGUAAAUCUGGGUGGAAAGGUGAAUGGGGCAGUGGAAACCUGUGGUGAAAGUUUUCACCGCUUUGAUAAGUAUCUAAACUUCACAAAUCCUCAUAUUGCAAGAAACUUUGAUCCGAAUGCUUGUGGAUGGGCAUAUGGGAUGAAUAUUUUUGAUCUUAAAGAGUGGAAAAAGAGGGAUAUAACCGGCAUAUAUCACAAGUGGCAAAAAAUGAAUGAAGAUAGGGUGCUCUGGAAGCUCGGAACAUUGCCCCCAGGUCUAAUUACAUUCUAUGGUCUGACACAUCCACUUGAGAAGUCAUGGCAUGUCCUUGGUUUGGGUUACAAUCCAAGUGUUGAUCGGUCAGAGAUUGAUAAUGCAGCUGUUAUACACUAUAAUGGCAACAUGAAGCCAUGGCUAGAGAUAGCAAUGACAAAAUAUCGGACGUACUGGACCAAGUACAUCAAGUAUGAUCAUCCAUACCUUCACAGCUGCAAUCUGAGUGAAUGAACUCGAUCAAAUUCACUAAGGUACAGCCAAAUGGUGUUCAUUCUCUCUGUGCAAAUACGAGUGCUGAUGAACUGAUUUAGAACAUGAGAAGGAAAUGCAGUUGAAGGAAUGCAGUUGAAUUUUCUGUGCUGCAUUUCCUUCUAGCCCAUAUUGUUUCUUAAUUGUAAUUCAUUAAAUUUGUUUUUCAUUACCCCUUAUCCAUUUGAACUAGGUAAUAGAGAUUAUGCAUUGCUGACCUGUAAAAUAGCAUACAACGCAGUUCUUUUCUUCUUCUCGCUCCCCCUUUUCAUUUCUUUAGAGCUCGUGUUCGAUUUCCGACAGUACCAGUAAAGCUUUUAUAUAAAAGUGAAUGUGUCGAAUUCUUUUUACAA